GCUAUAGCCAAUAGUCAAACGUUUGUCACCAAAUUCAAAUCGAAUUUUUUCCAUUAUUGAUCCAACAAUAUUUCAAAUUUCAAACAGUUUUCAAUAUAAAAUAGCCCGAUGAUUAUGGGCAUGAUAAUGUUGUUAUUCGAAUACGUCGAACUAAUAUGUCUAGCAUCGAAUCGAUUCAAAGAAGUCUUAGUGCUAGUUUUUCUGAACAAUUUUUGGAUACGAACGAAAAUCAAUGUGAUGAUCAAGCAUUUGUCCCGGAACCAAUGAAUACAAAUGAUGAAACAAUCAUUACGGAUUCAAAUAUACAUUAUGACAAUGAUGAAUGUUGGCGAAAAAUGUCCGAAGAGUUUCUUCAUCAUUUUCGACGUCAAGCAAAACGGUUGUAUAAAAUUUGUUCCAAAAUGACCAGAUCAAGCAAAUGUCGAGAGGAAACAAUGCGAGAAUUUAGCCAAAAAUUGUUACGUGAAAUGGAAUCGUUUGUAAAACGUAAGAAAUCGAUCUAUGAAUCACGUUUGGAAGAAAUCGAUUCAUUGAAAAGAGAAAUCGAAACCAUUUUGAGCCAAGUGAUUUUAUUUAUGCCUGAAUCAAGACUACGAAAAUAUCUUCGAAUAUCGAUUGGAUCGACAUUUGAUCACGAAGAAGAAUCAAGCAUUGAAGAUCGGUUGGACGAAUUGAAAAGAAUGCAACAAUCAUUAAUCGAAUGUCGAGAUAAACACGUGUCUAAGGUGAUUGACUCGCAGGAAAAGUUACAGCAGUUGAUCAAAAUAUUGGGCAUCGAUUCCUAUGAUAGUAAUGAUUAUACUCGUUUUUUGUCAACUCAUUUGUUAGAUAUCGAAGAACUAAAAUUACUUCGUAAUGAAUUAGCCAAUCUUCAUAUAUUGAUGCAUCAACGACAACUUCUUUGCAGCCAAAUGGCUAAACAGAUUUGUUUUAUAGUUGGCCUAGUGCCGUUGCCCAGAUUUAAAAACGAACCAUUUUUGAUCGAUAAUCUCGAUUUCAAUAAAGAUCCAAUUGAAGAUUGUUGUAUCGGGCGUCAUUUUAUCUAUUCAGAGGAAAAUAUCACAAUUUUAAAAGAUUAUCUGAAUCAAUGUCAAGUCGAAUUUAAAAAUAGUUGGCAAUCAAUUCAAUCUAAAUUCGAACAGCUCGAUCAAAUGUAUUCACUAUUCGAUUUGGCAUGUCCAGAUAAUGAUGCGUUUAAUUUGGUUAAAGCUAUAUUAAACCAAUACGAUCGUUAUCAAAAAGAGCAUCAAGAUAAAAAAGAUCUUACCGGAUUUUUAUUUGAAAAUUACAGUUCAUUCCCAUUUUUUGCAGCUAUCAAUGACUUAGCUUGUAUCCAGAAGCAAUUAGAUGAUGAUUAUAACCAUUAUGAACAAAUGAAAUCAUCAAGAAUGGAAGAGAUAAUUGAACUUGUAAGAAAACAUAUUGUUACUCUUUCAGCCAAAUGUAUGAUUGAUUUCGAAAGUCUUAUCGAAUCGGAUGACCGAUAUAGGCAAUUGUUCCAGAAAUCGGACAACUAUAAUGCUCAAUUGCUUGAAGAACAUGAAGCGGAAUUGGCUCAAUUGAAACGAUAUUAUAAUGAAUAUGAGAAAUUUUUCAUGCUCAUCGCACAAUAUCAAAAAUUAAAGGAAGAAAUCGUCGAAUGUGAACAAAAAUCUCGAGAUAUAUAUAAGACAAAAAAUCGUGGCGGAAUCAUGUUGCAGAUAUCGAAUAAAAAACGAAGCACCCAGAAACGAUUGAUGCACCUACAAGAACAAAUACGAAAAUGGUACAUUGAAUAUUGUAAUCAACAACAACAACAACAACAACAGCUAGAGAAUAAUGACUCAAAAAUUCCAUUCGAUUAUUAUGGUGUUCAAAUCGAAGAUAUC